CAUGUUGCGUGUAUUAAUUAUUAAUUUUUUAAUCUUAAUUCCACUUGUUUUAAGCCAACAACCGGGAAGAUGUCCGAUAAUAUCUGGAGUUUCGUUUAAUCCUUAUACGGCUGCUGGUUUUUGGUACCGAAACAGGCUGAGUUCAAAUGGCUUCGACAACAAGCUUACAUGCGAAACUAUUUUAUUUUCUCCACUUGACCGAUCAAACUACACAAUAAAGAUGGAUAGUAUCUCGACAAUAACUAACACCAAGUCAUCGGUUGUCGUCGAAGGUAACGCCAAUGGUAAUACAUACAAAUAUCACGUUCCUCUUCUAGGAGAAAUAGACAUUGACGCUUACGUCCUUGGUACCGAUGACAACAGAUGGCGUAUCUUGUGGGGUUGUAUGAACCACGGAAACACUCACACUGAGGUCGCUCGAGUAUAUACGAGACAACGGAUUCCGGAUGAAGAUGAACUUGAAAGAUUUAUAGAUCAAUCAUUCAAGAGAUGGGGCCUCCAAAAACCAAAAUUCACUAAAAUUGACCAAAAUUGUUAAAUAAAAAUUUUUGGU